AUGAUCGAGACCCGCGUUGACAUUUUGUGUCCUCCCCACUCUGCCGUUGCCAAUGGCGACCCAUUGACAGACGACGAGAUCAAAAACCUGACAACCAAUGUCAAAGAUUGUAUGCAAAAGCUCCUGUUGACUCUGAAUGCGAGAGCAUCGGCACUCGUGAAAGCUGAACGACUCGAUCUCGCCAUGCAGGACGCGAUGGCUAUGAUACAACUAGCACCUUCUUCAGGAUCAGGCUACCUCCGUGCAGGAUCUAUUCAUUUUCGCCGUGGACACUACGCGUCAGCAAUCAAGAUUUAUGAUACAGCAUUGCAACAUGUACCCAACUCUAGUCCUCGACAUCAACUACUUGUGAGAACACGUGCAGCAGCAAUCAACAAGAAGAACAAGCGUGUUGAUUUCAUCAGCAAGUUACCAUUGAAUAUUGUGACAGAAAACAUCGUUCCAAGGAUAUUGGGUGGCCAAUUGAGAGUCAAACUUGGAAAACGGUGCGACUAUUUUGAUGUGUGUCGUACAUGGCGAAAACGGAUGGCAAUGGCAGAGGGCUUGGAAUUUGAAAUUGGAGAUGAAGGUUUAUCAAAGGAUGGCUAUCAACGCAUAUCCCAUUUGGCGCCUUUCAUGAGGACAUUGACAGUUGCACAACCAGGAAAUGAAAUGCUAUCCAAAAUCACCAGCCGUGGCAAAUUCGAAUCAUUGCAGCAAUUGACGAUCUAUGAAUCUAUUUCACGUGGACCGGAGCUUUUAUAUUCAGCUUUACGCACAUUGGGCAACACAUUGACGAAUCUGCACAUUGAAUAUGGACUCCAUUUUGCACAAAUGGAAUGUUACCGUCUAUGUGAUAUCUUGGAUGCAUGCCCCAAUCUUGUAUCAAUACGUAUGGUGCGUGGUGAUAUUGACAUGUCAACGGUUACCAAGACCUAUCCCAAGCUUACUACGUUGGACGUGUCCAAGCCCGAUGACAUUGAUAUGGUGAACCAAGAAAUCAUUUCAUGUCUCUUGCGACACUUUCCUCAAUUGCGUGUAUUGAAGAUGUCUCCUGUAUCAGGAUCGGAUAUUUUUCCAGCAGUUGAUCAGCAUUGCCCAUUAUUGCAGCAACUCAUCUUAACCGAUCGCCCAUUUGACCAACCAUACAUUCAAGGCAUACAAGAAGAUACUACUGGGCUACGUGUUUUGUGCAUGGCGACUCCUGACGAAUCUAGCAAUUACAACGAGGAUGAUAUGGUUCGCUAUAUGAUGAAGCACAGCAAUACGAUGGAGGUCUUUGAAAUGGUAUUUGGGAAAGGAUUUACUACUGAUGGAGGGAUGCUGCUGGAACAAGACGCCACCAAAAAAGUGACAUUCAACAACUUGCGAGAAAUCCAGUACCCUGCCAAUGUCAAUGACAGGUUUAUCACGUUUGCCAUGUGGAUGAUGCAACAUGCGCCUCAAUUGGAAUCUAUGGGAACAGUAACUGGUCCUGGUCAACAACGUGUCUUUCAAGAGCUUAUGAAGCCCGCACACUCGCAUGUCAAAAGGAUUGUUAUGAAAGCGGAUCGUGAAGAAUGUGAUGAAGAGGAAGAGUUUAUUCAACACCAUGUGGACCUUGGCGUUCGAUCGAAGCUUCAAGAAAUCAAGGUGAUUCUUUCACACAGCUCUCCAUGGCUUUGGUCUCUUCCGUAUUUAUCCAAGCUUACCAGCCUUGAAUUAUGUGGCGAGGGAUUUGGAGCGUUCGAAAUACUGGAAGAGUUUACUGAGGAGCUUAAUGAUGGAUGCCCAGCUCUGGAACAGCUCACAUUGACAAACAAUACUGGAAGUCCUGGCUCUUUUUACGACGUUAUCCCAAUGUGCUUGCAUCGCAAUCUCAAACGAAUCAUUAUCACGGCUAAUGAUAUGAGAGGGGGUGGUGCGUAUUCGUUUGCCACCGAUUUCAGAACGCUUGAAUCAUUGCAUCUCAACCUUUAUCGAUUUGACCCAUCCGACAUUGCUGAUUUGGAAAAAGGAUCCUUCAAGCUAGUAUGCACGCAAAGAAAGUGUCGCCCUACUUUUCGUCUUUCAAAACCAGCAUGGAAACGACAUAGAACACCACACUAUUUCUAA